CCAUCCCUCUCCUCCUGCCUCGCUCGCCCGCCUCUCUCACCACCUGUUAGUGUGAAACCCUCGUGCACGCUCACGCUGUGCACGCUCGCGGCCGCCGUUUGUGUAGGAAUCUCCUCCACUCACACUCAGAGACUCUAUGACGGUGCAGAGGGGAAAGAAGCUCAGCAUCUCCAUCCAGGAACACAUGGCCAUAGACGUCUGCCCCGGACCAAUCAGACCCAUCCGUCAGAUCUCAGCCUACUUCCCCCGGCUCUCCCCCACCUCUCCCACCCCGCUUUCCCCCAACCCGACCUCACCCCCUCCGGCCCUCAGUCCGGGCUCCGGGGCCUCGGGGAUGGGAGGCCCCCAGCUGCUGUCCCCUCUGCUGGCUGAGGGUCGGCCGGGCGGCGGCGGGUCGCUUUCCCUGACCAGCAGCAUCGAUACGUCGGUGGAGAUCCACAGCUCCGACAGUGACGACUGCACUGCUUUGGGAACGCUGGAGUUUGAGCUGCGCUACGAUCAAAGUUCCAGCGAACUGCACUGCACCGUAAAGAGAGCCAAGGGCCUGAAGCCAAUGGACUUCAACGGUUUGGCCGAUCCGUACGUCAAACUGCACCUGCUGCCUGGAGCCUGUAAGGCCAAUAAGCUGAAGACAAAGACGAUCCGUAACUCCCUGAACCCGGUGUGGAAUGAAACGCUGACCUACGUGGGCAUCACCGAGGAGGAUAUGCACCGCAAGACGCUCAGGUUGACUGUUUGUGACGAGGACAAACUGACUCACAACGAGUUAAUCGGAGAAUCCAGAGUUCCUCUGAAACGAGUGAAACCCGAUCAGACGAAACGUUUCCACACCUGCCUGGAGCAUCCACCUCCGCUUCCGUCUCCGACUGCGAUGGGUGAAGCCCUUCGAGGAAUCUCCUGCUACCUCCGAGAGUGGGAGAACGAACAGCUGCACAGUCUGGAGGAAAGAGGUCGUCUUCUUCUCUCACUGCAGUUCCUGCCUCCUCUCAGCUCGGAGGACGAAGACGUAGAGGCAGGAAGUGAAGGUCGCCGCAAUGGUGGUCUCUGCGUCGGAGUGAAGCGUUGUGCUCACCUGGCAGCCAUGGAUGUCAACGGGUUCUCUGACCCCUACGUCAAAAUAUACCUGAAGCCUGACAUACAGAAGAAAUCCAAGCACAAAACAGCUGUGAUGAAAAAGACCCUGAACCCUGAAUUUAAUGAGGAGUUCUUCUAUGAGAUUUCGCUGUCAGAGUUGGCCAACAAGACUCUGGAGGUGACGGUGUGGGACUACGACCUCGGACGCUCCAAUGACUUCAUCGGUGGCGUCUGUCUCGGCUGCCAGUCACAGGGCGACGCCCUCCGUCAUUGGACGGACUGCCUGAAGAACAAAGGCCGUAGGGUGGAGCGGUGGCACAUCCUGACCAAUGAGCUGCCACGAACAAUGAGCCACGACUAACAGCAAGCAGCAGUAUGCAGACGGUCACUGUCAGGAAUCACAUGGUUUACAGGGAUCCACUGGUUUCUUUAAUGGACGAACGCAAGUAACUUCACCACAGGAAGCAGCAGUAACUGAAAGGACAGGUGUAUUAUAAGAGGGACUGUGAGGGCAGGGUGAAGCCAGAGCAGCAUGGUGUGUGCCUUCAUUACUGGUCAUCUGGAGUUAAAGCACCGUCAGCACCACACCUGCACUCAUACAUACAUGACAGGGUUACAUACGAAGGGUAGAACUCACCAAAGUGAAGCAGACAUUUUGUAGAUUUGUCAUAUGACAUCAGUGCAUGGGUUGUUUUUCACAACAGCCAAGUGAAAUUCAGAUCUUUAGUUUCUUACUUGCCGUUUCCAUUCAGAGGUUCCAUGUUGACAUAAACUUCUUGGGUAUAGCAAAUCAAAUCACUUAUUUUUUGAAAGUUCUUAUUCAUUCUUCUUACGUUUUGUUUAUGACCUUAACUGCAGCCCUGCUAGUGGCAUGUUGUGUAAGAGUUACAUACACUUCUAAUUCAGAAUGUAAGAAACAUGCAUGGACAUGUGUUGUGUUGCACCUGUAGACUGUUCGUAAAAGAUGGCUGUAGCAUUACUCAUUGGUUUGUGGAGAACUAUUUUGAAGCAGACUCUGCUUAUUCUUCAAUUUUCCUCCGAGUGGGACCAGAUCUCACUGAAACAAAGUCAUGCUGUGUUUAAUGAGUUUGAACGACUGAGUGAGAAAAGCUGAUCCUUAGAUGAAGUCCUGGGCUGAUUAUAUUAAUCUAAGCCCCAUCCUUUUAGUCACACAGAUGUUGUAAAUCUGAAUCAUUUACUUUACUGACAAUGCAGCAAUAUCAAUCAAUACUUGAUCGUGUAAAUUCAGCAUUUAUUUGUCUUGUGCUGAUUUUGCUGGCAAACCUAAAAUAUAAAGUAUGACCCUAAAUGCAGCUGUUAGAUAUUCACAUAAGAAGUACGUCCUGACUGAUUCUGACUUAAUACGUGAGCAGUAGCUGUAGAUCAAGAAGCCUCCCAGAAUACUUUGCCAUGGUGCCCCCUUACUGGCUAGACUCCCAUAAUGCUCUCUGCUUGCCAACACGAACUGUAGUCUGAAUGACUCCUCUUCUGGUCUCUACAGUAUUAAACAGUAAGAGGCUCCACCUGGUGGAACAACCAGGUACUGCAGCUGAUCUAUAACACCAAGUGUGUGCUAUCGAGGAAAACGGUAUUGUUUGUUGGCAGAUGCUAAAUGUUAAAUGAUCUGGAUCGGGAGUUUAAAAUUUUGAUUGUUUAUUAGACUUGAAAUAAAAUCGGAGAAAUCGCCCCCUAUUGGCUGUUAGAAAGAAUAGCUUCACUUUUUAGACCUACAGGCUACAGCCAUCUUUCAUGUACAAGCUACAGAUAAAACUAAUUUUCCGAAUCUUCCUGGCACACAUCUCAAUGUUCCAGAGGAGCUUUUACUCUCUGAAAACUUCAGUUUUUAAGAAAUUAAUGUCCCCAGAGCAUUUGUUGGAAAACCACGUUUGGCUCAUCAAGUUUAUUGAUACUAGACCCUUGUAGGUUUGUUCUGUUCAGAACUGACAUUCCAGAAACAUUUUCAGGGAAGAAAAGACACUUCUGAGCAACCCAGAAAAACUACUAUGUGGGUCUAAACACUGACGGGUUAAAAUUGGAGAAGACAUCAAAGAUCAUUUUUGUGCCUUCUCAAUGUUUUCGUCUGUUCUCUGAAAACAUCCACAACAGAGACUGGACAUCAAAUCACAACAAUCUUACAACAAUGUCUCCUCGACUGUCUUUGAUUCCCUUUAAAUUUUUGUAGUGCAAACUAUGGAUAUUUAUAAAGAUAACUGAAGUUUAAGACUGACAUGUAAAAUACAUGUCUAAAUGUUUUAAAAGCUGCCCAUCGCCUCACAUUUUUUCGCAAAUUGAAAUUUGAGGCUCCGUUUGACAGUUUCCCACGUGUUCUUAAUUUCUUCCAACUCCAGAACUCCGUUUUCCUUGGAUUAGACUAUUAAGCAACGCUUUUAUUUUUGUGGUUCUACUUGUCAAACCUGCUCCAUCAGUUAUGAAAGUUAAAUGAAAAUUCCCUUUUUUCAGUUUUGUAUUAUUGUGACGUCUAGCUACAUAUGGUUUGCAAAAUAUCCCUAGUAGAGUCACAAACUAUUUGAUCUACUUGUCCAGUAUUGCAGAUUGUGAAUCAAUGUCAUGUUGAGAAAUACCUGUGAAGAUUUCAGGUUUUUAUUUUUAACCUGAGAUUUUGUCAUUCUGACAGUAAAAAUUUAAAUAUUGGGAAAACCCCCGCUGAAAGUAGGUCAAUGGGCGACUUUAAAACAUAUUUGCAUGUAGCAUUUACAAUUUAAAGUUUCAUUUAGCAUGUCAUGACCAAAUUUCACUGUCACCACUUUAGAUAUACAUGAGUUAGAAUUAAAAAACUAAAGAUAAUAUAAAUCUUUAUUAAUCUAAAAGUAAAUUCUUGAGAAACUAGACUGGGCAAUUCUGGGAAAAAUUGCAAAUGUGAUUGCAGCUACAACAAAUGCACAGACGGAAGCUGACAUCUGAUUAAAGGACAACCCCUCUGCCCACUGUGCCACAUAUAUCAAUUUUUAUAUUAUCAGAGAUGGUCUGGAGAAAUUGUUCUAAAAAUGUGAUAAUCUGAAGUAGAAUGAAUCUUUUGUAGUUUAAAAAAAAUGCAAAAAAAAAAACUGCUGAAGGUGGAUUGAAAAUAUUAGGGAGUAUUUGUUAUAUCAAUGUAAAAUUUCACCAAUAUCUUUAUGAAUAUCCUUAUUUUAUGCUAUAGUUUCAGGGAAAUCAGAGACAUUUGGGAGGAAUCGUUUUAAAAAUAUUGAUAAGCUUCAAAUUUCAGUGUGCAGAAGAAAACCCUGUUCAAGUGUUUAUCAUGAAGAAUGUGAUGUAUCACUCUAAAAUAGUACAACUAUCUUUAUUUUUUUGGUAUAAUUAUGGUCUCAGAUGAAAUAAGCCAUCAGUGUUGGUUGAAGGACGUGAAUAUGAUGUCAUUGUCAUUUCAGAAACUUUUCUAACUUCUACCCCUUCGUCUCUUUAGCAGCACAAAAAUCAGUUUACAGAAUGAAACGGUGGAAGAUUUAUCAUGAAAACCCAAAAGCAGCCUCUGAUUUUGAGCCGGUGACCGUCAAAGUGUUCCACCCAUGAAGCUCCAUAUCGCACGGAUCACGUCUCUAUUGCACUCUUCAGUACGACUGUGAAGAAAAAAAAAAAACUCAGUGCAUCCCGUUGGUGAUGAUUUCUCAAUACAAGUGGUUCUUCCUCGUUGUUGCAUGAUGCAAUAUGUUGACUUUCGAUCUCUAUACUCCCCUUGCCUGUUUUCUAAUCCAAGUGUUGAAGUGAGACAUGAGACGUUCAGGUUCAGCCCCUGCUCCAUGUUUACAGUGUUCUUGUUCCUUCUUAUGCACGACUGAAUGUACGAAUGUGGCUUUCUAUACGAUAUCGUUGUUUACACUGAUCUCGUGCUUUACAGGUGUUCUUACAUUUCUAUCAGGUGUUUUAUGUACGAUGCAACAAUAAAUUUGGAAUGCAACGCAGA